UAUGUCCCGAAUCUAAACCGCCAUCUAUCCAACACGUCCUAAAACGCGCAAACAACUCUGGUUUAUCUGCUGCUAGCGAUUUCCUGAUCCAACUAUCGGACCGCUCGGACGCACAGGAUGAAUCGGUGACAGAGAGCAGAACGAUACGACAUGGGCUAUAGCUCCACUUCCCCGCAGGUCCUUUAAGCAGCGCGUGCUGAUCGGCCUGUGGGACGGUUCAGUUUGGUGCAUGUCGGCCCACGCGAGAAAGCGUCGAGAGCGAAGUUGCGCCGCCCGCCCCGGAGGUUAGCAGAUAAAAGCCCUGAAAGUGAUUGGAAGUGAUGGUGAAAAGGAUUUAGCCCAGGCAUUAAGAGAGAGAGAGAAGGGUUUGUGAGUACAUAAGAGGGGGAGAGGGGUGAGUGAGUACACAAGAGAGAGAGAGAGAGAGGGACAGGGAGUAGACGAGAGAGAUUUUCCACCAAGAUUUUUUUUUCUGCCCUUGAGCAUCCCGGGUAAACCCGAGCUUGUAAAGUGGGAGGAGAAGAAACGGGCACCAGCCCUUCCUCAAAGUCAAUAUUUUCACUUUUGAUUCUCCUUCAAGCUGGAAAUCACGCUCUUUUUCCCCAACCGCCCGUUUCCAGAUCUUGGACACCGUUCUACUCUGUGCAGCCUUCCGCGGUGUAGUAAAAAAGUUACCCGCUGGAGAAGACCAACAAGGAGACCAGACCAGAUAACAGGAGUGGAGUACAGUAGCCUACACCUCGACAGGAGCCCGAUAGUGUAGAUGGUGCCGUGCAAGGCUCGCGGCAGAGAGGCGGUCGUAUAAAGGGACAGAGAAGCUCUCCCGGAUCAGAUGAAUGUUCUAAGACAAUCACUGAGGCAAGGCUCCGGGCUGCGACAUCACGACCUGAUGGCUGUAUCUAAAGACGUAGUCCACUCUCCCUUAUCAUCCCUAGCGGGCAGCUCUCACCUCUCCCAGGCGAAAAGGACCUCUGAAGUAUGGAUUUGUUCUGCUGAUUCUCCAACCACCACCCCCACCACCGCAAACGCAGCACUGGACGCCACUAUGGUUGAAGUAGAUGUGAAGUUUCUCUGACUUUCGACGCCCCCUGCUCUAUUAUUUGUCACUUCUCCAUAUCCGACAUCGAAACACAAGUGUAAUUUCCUAAAGGAGCUGUGAUUAUUUGUAGGCCCACGUUUGUUGAACGGCUGUAAAUUGACUUAGCCAACUCGAACACUUUUAUUUCUCUUGCGUUUUGUAUUUUUUCCAUCAUCCCCCAAACGUCCCCUUAAGCUCAGGUGAGCGUGCAGACGCAUCUUGGUGACAACGAAGUUACUUACUGUGUCCGUAUGAUCCUCAGUCGAGUUCCAUGCUCUUCGCCUCAACUCUGACUACUGUGGCCCCCCUCGCCCUUUUCCGCCAGACCCCACUCGUCCUCGGACCACUCUCGUGCCAUGCUCCGCCAGGCCGUGUUGCUCCUCCUGCACUGCUUUGCCUCCUUGACGCUGGGCCAGUACGACCUGUGCAAGUCCCUGGUGAGCACGGACGAUGGCGCAGUGUGGGAGCAGUAUGCAUGCCAGCCCAAGGCCCAGUCCAUGAAGGACUACAUGCGGGUGAAGGUGGACCCGCCCGGCAUCACCUGUGGCAACCCGCCCGAGAGAUUCUGCACUCUGGAGAACCCGUACCUGUGCAGUGACGAGUGUGACGCCUCCAACCCGGACCUGGCCCACCCUCCUCAGCUGAUGCAGGACCGCGAGCACACCGGCCGCAUCACCUACUGGCAGACAGUCACAUGGGCCCGUUAUCCAGAACCCCUCUUGGCCAACAUCUCCCUAGCCUGGAACAAGAGCCUGGAGCUGACGGACGACAUCGCCAUUACCUUUGAGUACGGCCGCCCCACCUUAAUGGUGCUGGACAAGUCCAUGGACCACGGCCGCACCUGGCAGCCCUACCAGUUCUACGCUGACGAUUGUCUCGAGUCCUUUAACAUGGCACCUAAGCGUGUCUCCGACCUAUCGCCUGCAAAUAUUACCCUUGUCAUCUGCACCGAGCAGUUCUCACGCUGGGUGGGAUCGAAGAACGAUAAGAACGUAAAGUUCGAGGUCCGGGAGCGUUUCGCAGUGUUCGCUGGGCCGAGGUUGCUCAACAUGGACAGCUUGUACACCCGUAUGGAGAGUAUGAAGGGCCUGAGGGAAUUCUUUACCUUCACUAACCUCAGGCUGAGGCUGCUCAGACCGGCCCUGGGGGGAACCUACAUGCAGAGGGACAACCUGCUCAAGUACUUUUACGCCAUCUCCAACAUCGAGGUGCCCGCAAGGUGUAAGUGUAACCUGCAUUCAUCGCUGUGCCUGCUGCAAGAGGGGAACCUUCAGUGUCAGUGUGAACACAACACCACGGGACAGGACUGUCAGCGCUGCAAGAAGGGCUUCAAGGCCAAGUCUUGGAAAGCUGGCUCCUACCUGCCCACACCCAACGGAUCUCCCAACACCUGUGCAAUCGCUGGUGCCCCCACAGGCGGUGGUUCUAAACUGUCAGAAACUUUGCCUUUGACCACCACAACCACUACUUCAGCCCCCACUACAACCUCCAUAAGUGAAAGUGAACCUGAAACUACAACCGUAUUCCCCACUACCACACCAGAACCAGACCUGACCACAACCGCUACUCAAGAAGCUUCUGCUGCUACUACUACUCAGGAAGAGCCCAUCCUUUCAACCGAGGCCCCAACCGACACCACCACCACUCCCCCAACAGAGCCUCCUGUUACGGACCCUGAGCCUCCCCUCAUUUCCACCAUCACCCCCACCGAUUCCCCUCCACCACCUCCACUUAUAGAGGAAAAACGUACAACUUCCAUCUACAUUACCACAGAGGCCACGCCCCCUACAACCACCCCUCAGUCUAUAACAGAGGAGUCCACACCCCCUCCACCAAUCAUGGAGGAGCUCACGUCACCGUUCCUGACCGAGAGCACUGCCCCUGUCACAACACCGCCCCCAACGGAGCUGCCUAAGCCAAUGGUCGUAGAGAGUGAAGAAGGUUGCAAUGUUUUUUGUACAGAUGCUAAUAGUGAAGUGGCAGAAGAUGCAGGAGAGACUGAGAUUCCCUCUGAAAAAGAGAGUGAGGAAGAAGAGAUGAAGGAGAAAGAGAGGGAGAAAGAGACUGAAGAAGUCACCUCCAAACCUGCUGAAGCAGAGGACAAUGCGAAGAGUGAUACUCCCUCUAAGAUAGGACUAAAGAAAGGGGGAGUGGAGGAGAAAGAGGGAGUGGAGGAGAAAGAGGGAGUGGAGGAGAAAGAGGGAAUGGAGAAGAAAGAGGAAAAGACUGAAGAAGUCACCCAAAAGCCUGAAUCAGUGGACUCUGGGAAAAGAGAAAAGCCCUCUGGCAAAGAUGAGCGGAUGGUGGAGAAAAAGGAAAAGAAAGAGAUGACAACAGAGAAGGAGAGAAAUAAAGUUCCCCCCCAACCUGAGGCAGAGGGCCCUGGAGAGAGUGAGAGCCCCUCUGAGGGACUCACAGGUCCCCCCCAACCUGAGGCAGAGGGCCCUGGAGAGAGUGAGAGCCCCUCUGAGGGACUCACAGUUCCCCCCCAACCUGAGGCAGAGGGCCCUGGAGAGAGUGAGAGCCCCUCUGAGGGACUCACAGGUCCCCCCCAACCUGAGGCAGAGAGCCCUGGAGAGAGUGAGAGACCCUCUGAGGGAGAAGGAAAGGAGGAGAUUGAGGCAGAAGGUAUCUGUCAUGGUGUAGGAUUUGAAAGACUGCAUUAGUUAGUAGUUUUAUAACUCAUUGUGCUCCUUUGAAAUAGACUGGAUCAAUUAGGUACACUAGUAAUAUAAAUGAAUGAACAGACGGGAGGAUGAACAAACAAAAUAACAAAUCAAGGAAUGAUGUGAUCCUUUGGUGCUCGCAGCCCCUCCAAUGGCUGAAGUGGAGGGGACGGGUGGCACACAGGAGACCGGGAAACCCUCUGAGAAAAAGGAGGGGAGGGAGGAGGACACAGGAAAAAAGACUGAAGGUAUCUUCUGUGGAUGAGCUGUACAUGUAUAGAGCUAGUGUGUAGUGCUAGUGAGUGUAUAGUCGAAGCCUGUCGAAGUUGGAGCUUGAAAAUAGGAGCAGUCAGACAGUACUAAUCAACCUGUAGAGAAAUAGAUCUCCAAUCUCUCAUUCUUCCUCUGUGGUGAUCCAGAGGAAGUUCGCGAAUCACCUGAGUGGGGAAGCUUGGGUCAGGAGACCUUGGAGCCCCCUGAGAGAGGAGAAGAAGAGAAGAAGAAGUGGGAGGAGGAAGAGAGUGAAGAGGAGAGAGAGUAUGCAAAGAAGAAAGGUAGAACGUAUGCUAGUGUGUAGUGUACACACCCUAUAGGUUAGGAUCCGGUAGAUUCCAUCUCUCCCAAGUAGGGUGACCACAUGUCCCGGAUUGUCCGGUACAGUCCCACAUUUGGCCCUUAGUUCCACAACCAAACAAUCACGCAUUUUAUCAACAAAUUCAAACACCGCUAAUUUAGAAAACAGCUAGAUUUGUCCUGUAUUUCAGUCAGACAUUCCAACCUGUCUCUUGCAGUCAUGUUGCACGAAAGAAAAAAUACUUAAAACACUUCUCCAAUCGUUGCUGAGAUCUGACAUCGGCGAGACAAAGACAUCAGACUACAUUCCAGCUAAACUUAGAUAGGACAGUUGCCUAACUACUUUAUUCAUGCUUCUGACAGCGAACUACUAAUGUAAGUAAAUAGCCUUAUUAGACUGAAAGAUAUAAGGUGAUUUCGUCAAACUUAUGAGGCUCUCUCUCCAUGCUCAUUGCUCAUUCACCAUAUUUGCUGCUACUUCACUCAAUCCCGUUUUAAAAGUCUCCCUUCCUAACUGUUUUACAUCCCCCGAGACCAACCAGAAAUGUUUCCUUGGCCAAAACUAUUCCCAGAUUUUCAUAAAAACAGCCACACACGGUCUCUCGUUUCUGCAAAAGAGUAGGCUAAUUAGCUCAUUUUGGUGCAGUAGGGAUGUAUUGCUGCCGGAUCCUGUGAUUGUUUAGUAAAGUUAGAUCAAAGCUGAGUCCAUGUCUUCGACGAUCACAUAAUGAUUCAUUAGUAUUAUACAUAACAUAACCAAAUAUAAUAGCAUAUUAUAAUGUUACUGAUGCACCAAAAACACCACGUUGGUCAUUUCUGAAUAGUCCCAAAAAUAUUCUCAUGCUUUCAAAACUCAACAGCGGCCGCCACUAAAUCAAAUGUAUUUAUAAAGCACUUUUUACAUCAGCAGAUGUCACUAAGUGCUUAACCAGAAACCCAGCCUAAAACUGCAAACAGCAAGCAAUGCAGGUGUAGAAGCACGGUGGCUAGGAAAAACUCCCUAGACAGGCAAGAACCUAGGAAGAGACCUAGCGAUUAUAAGAGUACAUGGCCAUUAAGGCCAGAUUGUUCUUCAAGAAAUUCAAACGUUCAUAGAUGACCAGCAGGGUCAAAUAAUAAUCACAGUGGUUGUAGAGGGUGCAACAGGUCAGCACCUCAGGAGUAAAUAUCAGUUGCCUUUCAUGCCAAGCGUUCAGUGGUUGAGACAGCAGGGGGGAGAGAGAGAGAGAGAGGGUUUGAAAGCAGAAGGUCUGGGACAAGGUAGCACUAGGCAGCAUUUUCUUUGAUUGAAACUAAAUACAAGAAGGUUAUAUAGUUUGUUAACACCAUCUUCUCUAAUUUGCUCACGAAAAAGUAAUUGAAGAGCUAAAUGCAUGUUCCCAUGAAACCGAUUCAGAUCCAAUGAUUGUCAUGCAGAUGCAGUUUUGACGUUUCACUGGUAAAAGGUGAAGAAUGCUGCCAACAUUUUGUGUUCAUGUAGGCUACACUGUCCCACAACAUAAUUCUGUUGUCCCGCAUUUGGGUAUUUUAAAUGUGGUCACCUUACUCCCAAGCCAUGUCCUUACUAUAUCUAGAUGAUGACCAACCCAUAGAGAUAAAACUAGCUGUACCCAAGUAAGAUUGGCGACAAACUGUUCCAUUCCCAGGACAUUGGGGCUCUACAACAUCAGCCUCUCUAUAAUUAUAUCUCUAUGGAACAACUUCUCAAAAAUAUGCAGCUGCAAUAGGUAGCCCAUAGGCUACAUUGUUGCGCUCUAGCAUGGGCUGUUUGCAUGUUGUGCUGGGUUGCAGAUUCAGGUUGGAUCCAGGAAACCCUUCUAAAACAAUGAUUCCUUCAUCUCCUGAAGGGAUUCUCAAGCUCUUGAUCUCAGGAGGAGAGCCCCAGGCCAGACAGUUGUAUGGGAUCAUAUAUGAUGAU